UAUGUCCAAAAGACUAGAAGAUCGUGUGAUGUUAAAGAAUUAGAAUCCAAAUUACUUGUUAGAUUCAAAUUAUCUUGAUCGGAAAAAGCAAUUCAAUUUUAAUAUUUAUGAUCGACAAUCACCAGCAGAGCGUAAAUCUACUGACAGUGGAUAAGGAAGAUAUUACAAUUCUUAUUACUAAAGACCAUUACCUUAGAGAUCUCCUGAUGAAUAUAAGCCUUUUACUAAUCAUUAAUUGAGUAAGAUGCCUUCAUUUUUGAAUUAUGAUAAAGGUGAAAAACUUAAACGUUUUCCUUCAAAUGAUAUUUAACAAUAAGUGAAUUCAUUUUAAUACCUUCCAAAAUAAUAAUACUCAUCUAUGCAUGAUAGAGAUCAAUCUUAAAAAAGAAAGUUUUAUUUGAAUGACAUAGUCUAAGUGUAAAAGAGACAAUAAAGUCCAACUGCUUUUUCAAAAAAAUAAAGUCUUAUAGAUGUAGAUAGAACAUGGAUGUUUACUAAUUAAUAAUAGAAUUCGUUUUUUAGUCCAAAAAAUAAUGAGUAGCCAAAAUUAUUAAAAAAUGCUAGUGAUUAUAUUUCAAAUUAUAGACCAUUUACUUCUUUUGAGGUCUAAAAUGAUAAGAACUUAUCCAAAAAUACAUCUUAAAAACUUUAACCUUAUUUGAAUAAUAAUUCAAAAUUUGAUAUAGAGAAACUGAGAAUGGAAUUAGAAUAGUAUAAGAGAAAUAAUAAAAGUAGAGUAGGAGAUGGGAUAUCAAUUUUAAAAAAUAGAGAAUAAAAUAGGGAUUAUUCUAAUACAUACAUUAGAAGAGAUGUUUCACCUAAAUUAAACUUUAAUUAUAUUAAACCAAAAGGUAAUCAUUUAUAUAAAAUUUAAUAGUUGAAGAAUCUAAUAAGGAUAUUUUAUUCAAUUAUAGAUAACAAAAACAAAAUUCUCCUUAAAAAUAGGUUCAAAGUUUAAAAGCUUCAAGAUCAGAAUUAGGAAAUCCUAAAAAACAACCAUUUUAGUUAAUUUAUUCAAAAAAUGAUUAAUAAGGAAUUUUAUCUGACAAUUAGAGAUUUUUAUAGGAUAGAAGAAAGACUCCAGAAACAAAUAGAGUAGAAGAGUUGAGAAAGUAGUUAUAUAGUACUUAUAAACCAUCAAAUAGAGAAUUGUUUUUUGAAUCACUUAAUAAAUCUACACCUUAUAAUAAGAGUAAUAAUAUUUAUAUUGAUUAAUAGUUGCUAAUUAGAGAGAAUAAAAUCAACAAUCAUCCAACAAUAGAGAAAAAGAUUAAAUAAAAUAUAAGUUAGAUAAAAAAUUCAAUUGA